AUGCCUAGCGGGAAGCAACAACAAGAAAGAAAGACGAAACAAUUUUCGGCUCGUUCACAUUCCAGAUCAGCCUCUUAUGGAAGAAAUUUGAAUAAGUUGGGAAGAAUAACUAGUAUUGAAGAAAUUCAUCAACGUCCAACUUUGAACAGAUCUAAGAGUACUGAUGGAACACUAGGAAGGAAGAAUAGGAGUUUCACUAAGUUAUCAUCACUACAACCGCUGACAAGGACCAGAUCUCAUCAACCUGUUCAUAGAGGUACAGGGAAAGCUGUUUUGGAAUUACAUAAAGAGCAAGAUUCUUCUGAUGAUGAGAAUGAUGGCACAAACAAGAAAAAUGAUAGUGAGUCAGAGGAGGAAGUUGAUGAAUUUAGUGAUGAUGAACCAGCAGAAAACAUACCUGAAGCUCCAUCUCAAGUUCAAUUAAGUUACAAAGCUCCCCCACAGUUUAGCCACAAUAGUGUUCCUAAAAACUCUUCAUUUUCCUCUGAACCAGCAGAAGAACCCGUUCAAGUUGAUAAACUGCAAGAAAGUGUUGAAAAUUCAUUGAAGUUGGAUCCUACCAGGAUAGAAACAGAGGCUUCAAAGCUAAACUUGAAUGACCUGUCGGAGAAGGCAGGAUCUUCUAGUCAAGAGUCAAAGGCAUCGGCCCAGCCAAACCAACCACAAGAUGUUAACCAAUACAAGGAAAGCCUCUCCCAGUAUUACCAAAAUAUGAUUUUAUCACAGUCAACAGGAGCUGUAAGAGCAUUUGGGGAUCAGCCGUUCAUGAAUUCAUUAGUCCAUGAUCAAAUAGGACAGAGGAAUAAUAAAGAUACACUUCAGUAUAUCCAUUCAAAUGACCAUAUAAGUGGAAAUUUUGGGAAUAUGAAGUCAACAUCAAGCUCAUCGAACUCUCUACGACAGUUCACAAUUCACAAUCUUCCAAAUACUCACAAUUCAUCAAAUGAAUCGUCUUCUGCAAUGUCUUUCAGAGCCAAAGAAUCAGGUAGCAAUCCGGGUCGUCUUGAUUCUGCGGCUGGUACUCCAAAUAAUUUCGAUCAAUUUCUCAGGACUAAUAAUUCAAAUAUUGAGACUAGAACACAGCAAAAACUUUGGUUACAGAGAGAAAACAGUCUUUUGGAUUUGCCUUCUGCUAGUGGAAAUAAUUCAAACAAUCCUCAAUUAAGACGUGAUUUUGAAAGAGUAUCGAGAGAGUAUGUUAAUGUUAGAAGGUUUUCAAACCCAUGUGUUGAAUCGGUCAAACGAGUCAGCUCUCAGGUAAAACCACUGAAGCCUCAAUCUACAGGUCAAAUGAAUUUGGCAAACACAAAACAUAUCAAACAUGUUCCAAGCAACGAUUUCCAAGCUAAGCUGUUCAAACUUUGGAUUGAAGGUGAAUCUCCGGGCAAUCGUCGUCCAAAUCAACCAAAUAUAGGCUUUAAGUAUCAACAAGUGCCACAAUCACAAAGACCACCAUUGCUGCAAACAACCAGUUCAUCGUUUUCUGGAAUGGGGAAUUCUUUGAGAUCACCAGCUGCUCCUUCAACCAGAGCUGUCGAUAGAGCUAACAACUCACCAGAGAACAAAAGAAUUGACUUAGCUGCUAUUAGAUUGCCAGAAGAACACGUUCAAAAACUAAGCUAA